AUGUCUGCCAACAACAACAGACUCCCUCAGCAGUACACGGACACUCGUCAGGAACUGGCCGAACUCGUCAAAAGGAGAGCCGAAAUUGCGGAGACCUUGGCCAACUUAGAAAGGCAGAUAUACGCAUUUGAAGGGAGCUAUUUGGAAGAUACCCAACAAUAUGGCAACAUCAUCAGGGGGUGGGACCGAUACCUUAUCAAUAUCAAAAAUACAAACAGCAAGGGAGAUAAAAGAAACAGGAAAUUCAAAGAGGCAGACAGGCUUUUCUCAAAGUCUUCUGUUACGUCUGCUGCAGUAAUAUAUUAUUUUUAUUAUUAUUCCUAUUAA